CGCGGGGCGCAGAGGCGAUGGGUGCGCCGGGCCGGCUGGUGCUGUGGCUGCAGCUCUGCGCGCUGGCCGGUGCUGCCUCCAAACGCUGGGUUCCCAGCACCGACUUCGACGCCGCCGCCAACUGGAGCCAGAACCGGACGCCGUGCGCGGGCGGCGCCGCUCAGUUCCCGGCAGACAAGGCGGUGUCGGUCCUGGUGCGCGGAGACCACGCCCUCUCGGACUUGCUCCUGCCGCUGGACGGGGAGCUCGUCCUGGCCUUGGGAGCGGGGUUCAGCGCCAAGGACGCAGGCUCAGGCCCGGACUGCGGCCCCGGUGCCCGCGCGCUCUUCCUAAAUCCCGACCGCUUCCUGUGGCACGACCCGCUCCUGUGGCGCUCGGAGGACGAGGCGCGCGGCCUGUUCUCCGUGGACGCCGAGCGCGUGCCCUGUCGCCACGAUGACGUGGUCUUCCCACCCGACGGCUCGUUCCGCGUGGGGCUGGGCCCCGGCGACGUGCGAGUCCGCAGCGUCGCGGCGCUCGGCCAGACGUUCGCCCGCGACGACGACCUGACCGCCUUCCUGGAGUCCCGCGCGGGCCGCCUGCGGUUCCACGGCCCGGGCUCGCUGCGCGUGGGCGCCGCCGCCUGCGCCGACCCGUCGGGCUGCGUCUGCGGCAACGCCGAGGCGCUGCCCUGGAUCUGCGCGGCGCUGCUGCAGCCCCGGGGCGGCCGCUGCCCCCCGGCGCCCUGCCUCGACCCCCUGCGACCCGAGGGCCAGUGCUGCGGCCUGUGCGGAGCCGUCCUCUCGCUGACCGUCGGGCCCGCCUUCGACCUGGCGCGGUACCGCGCGCGGCUGCUGGACGCCCUCGCGCCGCCCCGGUAUGAGGGGCUGCGCGUGGCCGCGUCCAAGGUGCCGCGUCAGUCCCAGCCGCGCGAGGCCGACACGGAGAUCCAGGUGGUGCUGGCGGACUCCCGGCCAGAGGCGGGCGCUGCGGGGCGCCUGGCCGGCGAGCUCCUGGCCGACGUGGGCCAGCAUGGAGCGGCCCUGGGCAUCUUGGCGGCCACCGUGCGCGAGUCCGGCGCGCCGAUCGGGGGCGGCUCGGCGGCGGGGCUGCACGGGGCCGCGGCCGGCGCGGGGCUCGCGGGCGGCCUGGUGGCGGCGGCGCUGGCGCUGCUGGCGCUGCUGGCGGCGGCGCUGCUGCUGCGCCGCUCGGGGCGGCUCAGCUGGCCGAGGCGGGGGGAGGAGACGGCCACGGAGGUGCCCAUGGGCUUCCGCAAUCCCGUGUUCGACGCGGCGGCCUCCGAGCAGCUGCCCCCCAGCGCAGCCCCCGAGUCGGAAGCCGGCGGCGCCAGCCACAGCUACUUCGUUAACCCGCUCUUCGCGGAGGCCCAGGCCUGACCACCGCCCACCGAACCCGGGUUCCGCUCCGCCACCCAGGCCGAGGACCGCGUGGCCUUGCGCAAUAAAGGGGUUCUCUGA